AUGAUGAGUUUUGUGGAAGCUAGUCCCCAGAAUGAGAUCGAGAUGGUAAAAUCACUCCAAGACUUGACUAUAGUUGAGUCGUGGAGCGAUGGAAUGCUGAAAUCCACUACCUUCUACCAUGUCACGGAAGAUGAGGAGGUUUUCUUCGGCUACACGUCAAAGAAUACGCGCGAAAUGACCAUCGCAGGAUUCAAUUCAUCUCUGCAACGCGUCCAGGACAAAGAUAUUUAUCCAGAGAUUCCCACGGACACCCAUUUGACACUUGCACCGGAAGGGCUGGGCUCUUCUUUGGUUUACGUGAAAAGACUAGGCCUACAGUGGUACGAGGAUAUGAUCGGCACAAACCAUCUCCCUAAGGCCGUUCUUGAUGAGACAAUCAUCAUGGAGCAGAUCUCAAACUCCCCUCACAAAAACAUAAUUCGAUAUUACGGCUGUCGUGUGAGGCGCGGUUACAUCACCUCGAUCGUUCUCGAGCGGCUUGAUCAAAACCUGAACGAGUUUGUCUCGACAUCAGAUUUUCAACAGCUUGACAGAGUCAAGUUCUUCGAAUCUCUUAAGUCAGCCGUGGAGCACCUACACACCUUGGGGCUAGCUCAUAACGACAUCAACCCGGAUAACGUUAUGGUGAAGAAUGGAUCGCCAGUGUUGAUUGACUUUGAUUCGUGUCAGCCUUUCGGAAAACACCUGCAGUCUUUGGGCACGGAGGGAUGGUACGAAAAGGUGUUUUAUACUUCUGAGAAGAAACAUGACAUAUAUUCUCUCGGAAAGGUACAGGAAUGGCUCCAGGCUGCUAAGUGA